CGUCGGUCUCGGUACCGUACUGUUCCGAUCUCCGCGAGAAGGAAGCGGAAGCGGAAGCGAUUUCAACUCAGCUGGGUGCCUGUCUGCUAGUCAAUCAACUCAACCUCGGCUGGACAUGGUGUAAAGCGUCACAUUCAAACGCCUUGCCUGCGCCUGGCCGAAUCAACGUGCAUAUAGGUGGGCUGAGGUUCCGAUAGAUACGCCAUUGAUCAUUCGACCCGGAAUCCUUUCAGUCUCUCUCUCCGUCUUACAUAACCCCGCUAUCAACCGCGAACCUCCAAGCUUCACUUCAUUUCAGCCAUCAAAACUUGUCCUCAUCACAACUCCCCAAUCCAAAUCACAAUUCAAAAGUUUUCCAUCAAGAUGUCAUCAAUCAUUCACUCCCUAACAGAAACCCUCAACCGCUUCCUCCCCUCAAGGAACAUACCACCUCUCUCCCAACCCCUCACAAUCGCCCUCCUCCUCGCACCCCCGACCAUCUUCGCCCUCCUCCCAUCCAUGCUGCACUCCUACCGAACCUACCUGUCCCUCGGCCCGGGCGGCGUGCCCUACAACUUCUUCGGCUUCCUCAUGCAGUACCCACUCAGCCUGCUCGCUUUCGGCGCCUCAGACCGGCGCGCCGUGCCGCCGCCUUACAAGCGCUCCGCCCCGCGCGAAGAGGAUGUUGUCCAGCUGUACGGGCGGGCCUCUUUCUUUGGUGGGGAUGUGGGUGAUGGUGAUGGUGGUGGAGGUAGCUUAUUACCGCAGCGGAGGGGCGACCGCCCCUCGGUGCCCGGGUUCCCGAUCGUUGCGCCGCAGCGGCAGACGUCGAUGCAAGCGUCCGGCGAGAUGGUCGAGCGCAUGCGGAGGUUUGUGGCUGCCCUCGCGGGGGCGAAUGCUGGUGUCCUGAGGGGGGGACCGUCGAAGCUGGAAGGGGUCGGGAGCGAGGCGAUCUUCCUUGGGGAGGAGGUGGUGAAGAAGGUGCCUGAGUACAUGGGCAUGGCGAAGCGUGAGAUUGUGCAUGUCCAUGGGGAGGGCAGCUCGCAUGUGACUGUGAGCUUGGUGGAUGCGGAGGAGGCGGUUGCGAAGGGAUGGGCAGAGAGACACCCUCUGAGCGGAGUGCCUAAGAUGAUGCCGUGGAGCUACAUCAUGGUGUAUGCGCCGCGGGAUGACGAUGAGUAUGAGGUCUGGAAGAGGUUCGUGGUGGCUGGUUGCAGGUUCGUCUCAGGGGGCAAGGAGAUCGCUGUUCCGCAGGACGAGUGAAGAAAACGGGGCUCUUGGUGAUGGUCAGUUUUGACUGCCUUUUACCGGCAGCAAAGAAUGAAGCAAAUGGUAUUGCUGUGGUAUAGAACUAUACAACGCUCACGCAGCCACUCAUUACCCGACAAGGCU